CUUCCCAACUGCGAAACGCACGUGAAAUGAGCAGCAAUAUUCCAACAUUCUUUCCCAGACCCCGCUAUGUUUGUAAUGAUCGUGGAAAUGGCUCUUACAGCGGUGUCGUACGGCCUACAUAUUUAUGUUACAAUACUUCUCAUUUUGCUCAGUAUUUUGAUGUUUAUCCUGUACCGUUUACUUCGGUUUCCUCGUCCUACACCGUACACAGUGAAAUGUUUUCUCCGAAGAGGGGCGCCUAGUAGAAGUUCCCCCGUGAUCAUCGGUCACAGAGGCUGUAGGUUGGAAGCGCCAGAGAACACUCUGGCGGCAUUCAGAUUAGCGAAAGAAAAUGGGGCACUAGGGGUGGAAUUUGACUUGGACUUUACGAAAGAUGGCGUACCAGUAAUAAUUCAUGACUCAACGGUGGACCGCACAACAGAUGGGCAUGGCAAGGUGUGCAAUUUUACUUACGAAGAAAUUAGAAGACUGAACGCCUCAGCAAAACACCCAAAUAGGGAAAAAUUUCCAGAUGAGCGUAUUCCACACCUUGAAGAAGUGGUAGAUCUUUGUGUGAACCUUGGUCUACAAAUGUAUAUAGAUGUGAAAGCAGCAACACAAGCUGGAAAAGCUGCAAGUGUCCUCAAAAACUUAUUUGCAAGUCAUCAGCUGUAUGACAAAGCCAUGGUUUGUUCAUUCUAUCCAAAUGUAAUUUUUCAGGUACGCCGAGCUGAUCCAAAUAUUCUUACAGCCCUCACAUGGCGGAAAAUGUUCAUAUCCCUUACAGAAUAUUGUGGUCCAUGUAGAUACAAGGAGUGGUGGAAACAACUGUUGGCUUCCCUGCUUGACAGAAUAUGGGAGCUUCAUCUUCACUCCUGGGUUUACGACAUACUGGGAGUGUCUGUCUUUCUGUCUCAUACUGCACACUUCUCAAGAGAAUACCUAAGAGAAUGGCAAAACAAUGGAGUGAGUGUAGUUCUUUGGACAGUUAAUGAUCCUGCAGAGAAGGACUUCUUUGGCAGAGUUCUAAAGUGCCCCAUCAUGACAGACUGUGUGGGGAGCAGUUCACCGCAGAAUGCCCCAUAAGUACCAGAUUUAUACUUUGGCAUUACAGCUGAAGGAUCGAAUUUUUAACCCUUUAACUAGGAAGAUGUGAUUAUUAAUCCUCCCCUCUGGCUGUAACGCAUUUCCUCUUGGGUAGGUUACAGUUCAAACAUCUGUUUAACAGGGUUCCAAAGUCAAUAUUUUUUGAAGUUGCCAUUUAUGGAUCUUCAUUUAUAAAUUGGUUGCUAGUAAUAAAAGAUAAAUCUGCCAACUGGCAAUCGCUUUUUGGAGAUACGCAGACAUUUUUAGGCCUUAAACUAGGUCACCCAAAGAGGAAAAGCAAAUUUUUUGGAAGAAAAUGACAGCAAGUCAAGAACAUUUCAGACAAAUAGUUACAUGUACAUCACAAGUUCCUUAGUGUAUCCAAAAAAUGGGUCUUCUUGAGAACUUAAUGGGUUGAGGUUGUCGAGAAAUGAGGCUGGGGAAAGCUUUUUUUUGCCACAAUCUUGGCUUGCGUCCUCUUCAGAAGCAAUUUUCUCUCAGCAGUUUUUUCCUUCUGUGCAGCGUAGGUUGUGCCAGUAA